UUCCACCACUGGAAUUUAGCCUACUCCUGAACUCAUUAUACAGUACAUGUUUAAAUGUUUUCAGAUAAACAUGUCAGAGAUGCUGUAUAAACUCCUGUGUAAGCUAAAAGUAUUUGGUAUACUGUAUGCAAUCCCAGUAGUAUGGCCUAUUGGGCUACUACCUUUUUAGUCAGUGCACAGGGAAAAUCAAGAUUCCUUGUCCACCUUUUUUAAACUAUACAUUAUUGUGAUUUUUUUUUUUAAAUCAUACAGUAUGUAAGCUCAACACACAUAGAUGAGUGUUGCUUAAUAACACGACAUUUUAUGUUGCAAGUCGCGAGUGGGACGAUUAAAAGAAAAGCUUUAGGAUUGUUUUGGCUGAAUCGAAACUGAAACAUGAUGAACGGAUGGAAAGAGACGAGAAAUGAAAAAGACAGAUCACUCAGAGGAGCAUCGAGGUUAGAGAGCGCAAGUUACGCAACACAUCAGACAUGAGCUUCCAGGUUUGCAACUGCUGCGGCUGGUCCAAAGUUACGACCUACCAUGGCCUGAGAACCCACCAGGGGAAGAUGGGAUGCACACCGAAGGGAAUGAGUAUCCCUGAGAGUGACCAAUUCAGAUUUAACAGUUACAUUCCUAAGUUGACCUUCAUGGGACCUCCAAUCAAAGUAGAAGAUCCUUUGAUGAAUAUCGUCACCCCUUCUUACAAGUCUGACUUUUCAUCAGACAUGAGCCUCCAGGUUUGCCACUGUGGUUGGUCCAAAAUGACGUCUUACCAUGGCCUGAGAACUCACCAGGGGAUGAUGGGAUGCACGCCAAAGGGAAUGAGGAUCCAAGAGAGUGAACAGUGCCGCUGGGGAAAUCACUGGGAAGAAUCUCCUCCAAAGGACAGUGGACCAAUUAACUGGAUUACUCCAGUCAAGAAGGAGAUUACGUCUUCAAACCUCACCACCCCAAAGAUGCCUGCAGACACAGAAACUGUACUAAAGAUGAUGAAAUCAAUGAUGGGAAAUGAACAGCAAUCUCUGCAAACGGUCACAUACUCAGACCAAACUCAUCGAGCGCUUGAUUUCGCCAAUGGUGCACAGGUACAGCCUUUGCUGAUGCCGGUGUCUCAGAUCCUCAGCACCCAAGCAAAUCCCACAGCCGCAGAAGUCACAGUGAAGCAGACCGACAAACAGCUGUUUGAAACUCCACAGCACUUCAGCACAACACAUCAAACCACCACCAACGCUCGUCGAGCGCUUGAUUUCUCCACCAGUGCGCAGCAGGUGGGGCAACUGGUCUGGGAUCUUCCAACAACCACAGUUCAGGAAACAACAGUCCCACCAAAUGACACAGAAAAGGAGAAGGAGAGAGAGAAGGAGAGGGAGAUAGAGAGGGAGGCUCACAAACGGCAAAAGGCAAGACAAGACAGGAUGAGGGCUGAUUUACAGCUGGAAAUUCAGACAAGAGAACAAAAGAUGGCUGAAGUCACAUCAUCUGUAAAAACCUGCAAGGGCAGCUUGGAUGCUGAAUGGCUGGAGAUCAACAACGUGUUCUCAGAGGUGAUGAGAGUCGUGGAGAACACACGGCAGAAAGCCCUUCAACCUCUGGACGAGAGGAGAAAGAGAGUGAAGAGAGAGGCACAAGAUCUAGUCCAGAAGCUGCAAAAUGAAAUUGACAAACUCAGAAAGACCAUUGAUGAGUUGGACAAAAAGCCAGACUUGCAGGUUUCUCCAGGCCUGAAAGAAUAUCAAGAUUGGAAAAGUGUCACUGUUGACACUUCAUUCUGCUUCGGGUCGCUAAGAACUACAACAUCAAACAUGAUGGAAGAAAUUCACUGCAAACUGGAAAAACUCUCGUCUGUUGAACUCAAGAGGAUUCCCACAUUUGCAGUGGAUGUAAAGCUGGAUCCAGCCUCUGCACACCGGUGCCUUGUUCUUUCCCCUGAUUUGAAAACAGUGAGAGAUGGAGGAAAGAACCAGAUAGUUCCUGAUGCUCCACAAAGGUUUGACACGUUCGGCAGCAUCCUGGGGCUCAACAGGUUGAACUCUGGGAAGUCGUACUGGGAGGUGGAGGUCAGCAACAAAACAGGGUGGGAUCUGGGUGUGGCAAGACGUGAUGCAAACCGCACGGGGAAACUCUCGCUGAAGCCAGAUAACGGUUACUGGGUUACGGUACAUUACGAAGAUAAAAAGUACGCAGCCCUGACAGAACCGCCCACCAGCCUCUCACUGACGGAGAAACCUCAGAAGGUGGGGGUGUUUGUGGAUUAUGAUGAAGGUCUCUUGUCCUUUUAUGAUGUGACGACUCGAUCUCACAUCUACUCGUUUACUGAGUGUUUGUUCAGCGGUGAUAUUUCCCCAUAUUUCAGUCCACAUCUUAAACAAAAUGAGAAUAACUCUCAUCCUCUGAUUAUCUCUGCUGUGAGAAAGCAGUAGUAGUUACAUAAAAUGCACGUGUUACCGGUGCACUGAAAGUUAGAAUGCACCUCUUCGAUAUGAAAUGUUUGAGUUCAGGUGUACAUGGUGUUUCAUGACAGAACCAAAGGGUUUAAUUUGGUGUUCUAGCCUAGUUACUGUAUCUAAGGUGUUUAAAGGUUGUUUACCCAAUUUUGCUCCUGUAUUUGGUUAAGGUGGUGGGUGAUUUAUUUUAUUUAUUUUUUUUACUAUUUUGUAUAGGACUGCAACUAAUGAUUAUUUUGAUGAUUCACAUGCUGAUUAUUUUCUCAAUUAAUCGGUUGUUUGGUUUGUAAACAUUCUGAUAAUGGGCAUAAAUGCCAUCACAAUUACCCAGAGCUCAAAGUGACACCUUCACACAUUUUUUUGUCAAAAGAGUAGUACAAUAUAAAUUAAAAUUAAGCUAUUCAAAUGAAAAGUAGCCCGUUUUGACAUUUGGAAGAUGGAACCAUAAAAUGUUUUUGCAUGAAAAAUGACAAACGAGUUGCCAAUUAAUUUCCGGUCAUUCGACUAAUCAAUGAAUAAACUAAUCGGGGGGGGGGGGGGGAACUUAAUUUGUGAAGUAAUUUAAGUUGUCAAAUAAUUGUAGUGGAUUAAAAAUACAAUAUUUCCCUCUGAAAUGUAGUGGAGUAGAAGUAUGAAGUGGCAGGAGAAGAAAAUACUCAAAUUAUAAGUGUCUCAAAUGUGUGCUUAAGUAUAGUACUUGAGUAAAUGUACUCAGUUACAUUUAA